UGAUGUACGAUUUCUCGCAGGAUUUGCUAGAGGAGAUUCUCUCUAGGGUUCCAGUAACAUCUCUGAGAGCAGUGAGAUCAACUUGCAAACGAUGGAACGAUAUAAUCAAAGAUCCGAGCUUUUCAAAGAAGUAUGGUGGUAAAGGAGCCAACGAGUUUCUGGUAAUCAUGCUGAAUGAUUUUAGGGCUUGUUUAAUGAGCGUCAAUCUUCAUGGCAUCCUAGACAAUAAAGACCUGGUAGAUCCAUUUAUAAAGCAAAUAGGUGAACUUAAUCAAGUCGAGAUAUAUGAAGUGUAUCAUUGUGAUGGCUUUAUAUUGUUAUGCAUCACCAAUGAGGACAAUACUAGGCUCGUGGUAUGGAACCCGUAUUUGGAACAAACCAGGUGGAUCCAACCCAUCAACAAAUUUUGCAAAUUUGAUCGUUAUUGUAUGGGCUACGAUAACAAUAACAACAACCACAAAAUUUUGAGGUUCUUCAUAAGGUUUGGCUACAUUGAGUAUGAAAUCUACAAUUUUAUGUCUAAUUCAUGGAGUGUCCCUCAUACAACUACCAAUUGGGAUAUCUCGCCAUAUUGCAGUCGGGGUGUCUCCUUGAAAGGAAACACUUACUUUAUUGCUCAGAAAAAAAUGGAAGUGGAACAAGUAGAGACGUAAAAAAAUUUACACUGUUUUGAUUUUACAAGUGAGAGAUUUGGACCGCUUCUUCCUCUUCCAUUCCACUAUUCUAUUGGAAAUUUGGUAAUUCUAUCUACUGUUCGAGAAGAGCAGCUUGCAGUGUUAUUUAAAAGGUGUGGUGCAUAUGAGACGAAGAUUUGGAUUACAACAAAGAUUGAGCCCAAUACAGUGUCGUGGAGCAACUUGUUAAAACUUGAUUUUAAGUUUGAUUUAUUAUGUGGCAGUUUCUUCUUGACAAGGAAGAGAAAGCUAGUAGCAGUGAUUCGUAGUGUACACGGAGAAAAUAGCACCAACAACACGGCUUACAUGAUUGGAGAGGAUGGAUACUGCAAAGAAGUGGAUCUCGGAGAAUCUAAGUUUUGCCAUCUAUGUGGUCUUAUGUUCCAAGUUGUGUGCAGAUCCAGUAAUGUCGAGUAUUACCUCUACAAGGAUGUUAUUUGUUUCUUCCAUUUCCUGUUCAUUCAUUUACUCAAUGGCUUUUCAUUUUUUUGUCGUGUUGAUUUAAAUUAACAGACUUGUCAAUUACUGAUUUAGUUGAUAAACAUAAAAACUUGAUUCUCGAAAUAAUUGUUUCUUGUUGUUGGCCACAUCAUUCAAAUGAUGCAUUAUACGUUUGGAGCGAAACUAUGCUUUAUAGGUGAAGAGAGUUUAAGUCUCAAACUUAUCCAUUCUCAUUUGAAAAAGGUAUCUCUAUUAAAGAUUGUCGAAAGCAGAGACAACAUGGGAGGAGGCAUACAUCUUCUUUUUCUUCCACUAGUUCUUUCAUCAUCUUCUUCGUCUUCCUUUAGAGAUUUCUCAUGGAUUUUAAUCGUUUGGUUAGAAAAGAACUAGUGGAAGGAAGACUGCUGAUAACUCCAUUAGCCUGCUAAGUGAUACAUAACAAGCGUUAGAUUAAAAAGAGCAAGAAUGAGUUUAGUUUCAGAUACGGAAUUUAGUAGCAACAGUUUAGAUGAUAAGGUACUUGAAAAUGAUAAGCAAACUGUUUAAUUAAGUUGCAUAAAACUUAAAAGAAAGAAAGCCUUUAGUAGCUAGUAAUUUUGUUUAAAAAAACAUAGUUAUAAUUUUAGGUCGAA